AUGUCUCGACCCAACACCCCAGCUUCCUUCUCCUCCGUCUCAUCCUUCCAGUCUUUCCUCUCUGACGACUCCUACCUGGAGAAGUUGAAGCCUGUAGAUGUGGGCUUCGCUGAGAUGUUGACGGAGAUCAGGGCUAUUGAUACGAAUCGAAGCAUCCUUGCAGAACGCAAACUCCAAUCUCAUACCCAGAAGCGCAGAGAUCAGGCUGAUCUUUCUCCAAGAGAGGACUGGACAUCGAGGCAGACCAGCGAAUACGAGGCGUACAAGGACAUGGUGAAGUCGCUUGCUGCUGCGAACAAGAAGGCGGUUGCAUCGAGCAAUAUUGCCAAGGCUCAAGAUGACGAGGCCAGCUGUAGGAAGGCAUUGGCCGACCAGCAAGCUAGGUCCACUGCUGCCAUUCGAGCAGCAGAGGCUCGACUUGGCUUCAUGACCAGAUACCCUAAUGCUUAUAGCACCCCUUCCCACGCAAACCACAUCAAAGCGGUGGAGGAUAACCUCAACUCUGCCAAGCUGGCACAGAGAGAGGUCAAAGACCUGCUGAAGAGGCUUACCGCAGCAACGAAGCAGAGGCGAUGA